AGCCGGUAGUUGAAGCGCUGAGGGAAGCUGUAGUGGGAGUGUUCGAGGAUUCGCUUGGUUACUUUCUUCCCCUUGGCUGUCUGUUGACUUGGUCCUCCAAAGAAUCCUUGACCCGGAGCGGCCCGUGUGCGACCUCGGUUUAUUUAAAGUUGAAGUUUACUGCACGAUGGCAGACCCAGAUGUCCUCACUGAGGUCCCUGCAGCGUUGAAGAGGCUAGCCAAGUAUGUGAUUCGGGGUUUUUAUGGCAUUGAGCAUGCAUUGGCCUUGGACAUCUUGAUACGAAACCCCUGUGUGAAAGAGGAGGACAUGCUGGAGCUACUCAAGUUUGAUCGGAAGCAGCUACGAUCAGUUUUGAAUAAUUUAAAGGGAGACAAGUUCAUCAAAUGCAGAAUGAGGGUAGAGACUGCUGCAGAUGGGAAAACCACUCGCCAUAACUAUUACUUUAUCAAUUAUCGUACUCUUGUUAAUGUGGUAAAAUAUAAAUUGGACCACAUGAGACGGAGGAUUGAAACUGAUGAGAGGGAUUCUACCAACCGGGCUUCUUUCAAAUGUCCUGUCUGUAGUAGUACUUUUACAGACUUAGAAGCUAAUCAGCUCUUUGAUCCUAUGACAGGAACUUUUCGCUGUACUUUUUGCCAUACAGAAGUAGAAGAAGAUGAAUCAGCAAUGCCCAAAAAAGAUGCACGCACACUUUUGGCAAGAUUUAAUGAACAAAUUGAGCCCAUUUAUGCUUUGCUUCGGGAGACAGAGGAUGUGAACUUGGCCUAUGAAAUACUUGAGCCAGAGCCCACAGAAAUACCAGCUCUGAAACAGAGCAAAGACCAUGCAGCAGCUGCUGCUGGGGCUGCUGGCCUGACAGGUGGGCACCACCGGGAAGCAUGGGCCACCAAAGGCCCCUCCUAUGAGGACUUAUACACUCAGAAUGUUGUGAUUAACAUGGAUGACCAAGAAGACCUUCAUCGAGCCUCACUGGAUGGGAAAUCUGCCAAAGAGAGACCCAUUUGGCUGAGAGAGAGCACUGUCCAAGGAGCAUUUAGUUCUGAAGAGAUGAAAGAAGGUGGCAUAGAUAUAGAUGCAUUUCAGGAGCGUGAGGAGGGCCGUGUAGGGCUGGAUGAUAAUGAGGAGGUCAUGCGGGCUCUGCUUAUUCAUGAGAAGAAGACCCCCUCUGCCGCAGUGGGCUCAGUGGGGGCCGCUGCUCCUGUGACCACUGCCAAUGGCAGUGACUCGGAGAGUGAGACCAGCGAAUCAGAUGAUGACUCCCCACCCCGUCCAGCAGCUGUGGCUGCACAUCAUCGGGACGAGGACGAUGAGGACAAUGAGUUUGAGGAAGUAACAGAUGACCCCAUUGUCAUGGUGGCUGGCCGUCCGUUCUCCUAUAGUGAAGUGAGCCAACGGCCAGAGCUGGUGGCCCAGAUGACACCGGAGGAGAAGGAAGCAUACAUAGCAAUGGGACAACGCAUGUUUGAGGACCUCUUUGAGUGAGCUUCCCAUCACUUUACCUCCUUUCUCAACUGCUCAUUUCAAAAAGAAAUUCCCUACCUUUGAAGAAAAGUGUUUUAAGUGGCUUUCUGCCCCUCUUAUUGUAAAGCAACUAUUAAUCUUGCUCAAAGAAUAAUGGGAGAGAAAAUUUGAUUUUUAUGCCAGAAGCUUCCCCACAAGGUUGGUUGGCUAUAAGCAUUCCCUUCCCUGCUAUUACUACAGUAUUAAUAUUUUACUCUAUUCCCUUAUCUAACCUUUUUUUUCUUUCCUCUUUAAGAUUCAUUUUUCUUCCUGCUGAAGUAAGUAUUGGAGGUCUGUAGGGCAAAUUCUUCCUGCCUGCCUGCAGAAGCCCACUGUAAUAUGUUACAGAAAUUCACCACAUCUUUUUUUUUGUUCUAUUCUGACCAGGCAUUCCAAACAGUUCCUUAUACUGUUGCCAACCAAGCAGCUUGUCAACAAGCAGAUCAUUGAUAAGGGGAAAAAAAAUCUUAAAACUUUAUAUUGCCUCACAAUUAAGGAUGUAGUCGGUAAGGGGGAGGUAGGAAUAUGUGCAGCAGAGGAAUGGAUAUGCCUAAAUCUCAUGAUUAAUAUCUAAACCAAAAUUUGUGUUUUUAGUACUGACUUAACUUAUAGAUUCUUUUGUUUGGCUUAAUGCUAUUGGGUUUGAAUGCUGUUAGUAGAAAAAACAAAGUGUACUUAGUAAACACUUAUGAAGAAAUUAGAAAAAAAAUAGAUAUGGGACAAGGAGUCCAUGUAAAGAGUUGAAGAAUGGAGAGCAUUGGCAACAGUGCCUUAUAGAAUUGCCUGAGUUUGGAAAUUCUUUCUGUAAAGCUGGGACUGGUGCCCUUCUUUUUCCUUCCAUCCACAGUGUUGUAAAUUGUUAAAUGAGGCAGAAAUCAAAGUAUCACAGUUGAUUACUCUUAAUCUCUUUUCUCUCAUCAUUGAAGGUCUUUUUAUUUCUCUUUUGGUUCUUGUCAGACUUGGUAUUUUAGAGUAUGUCCAGUAUAUUGUUGAGCGUUGUAACCUCAAGGAACAUAGUUUACUUUUGGUUCUGAUAUCUAGCACGGUAUUAUUCCAUAAGGCAGAACUUUAAAGAACUUCCAUACAAGGGUCUAUAAAAAUUGUAUUUUUUGUAAUAUUUUUCCCUUGCAUUGUAAUUUUUAAGUAUUUAUCAUUUUAUAGUACGUGUGUAAAGUUAAGAUGCAUUUUUAGAGUAUCUGAGCCUUGUAUGAAGUGAUGUUUCAUUUAUCUGUGUUGUAUUAAUGGUCAAAUAUUAGCAAUAUAUCUAUUCCAUACUGCCUGGAAUUUGUUAAUUUCUAGCUCUGUAACAUCUUGGAGCAUAAUUAAAAUGAAUGCUCUUCCCAU